AUGUCGUCGACACCCUCCUCGCGCCGCCGAGGUCAUUCUUCGCGCAAUUCACAGUCUUCAUCUCCUGCACAACAGUCUCAAGCGACCCCCCGCAACUCUAGACAGCCCAAUGGAGGUCCUGGAGUCGCAUCUUCUUCGCCCCUGUUUUUCCAAUCGUCGCCGGUUCGGUCAACACCUGCGCCGCUCUCGCAGUUGGCAAGCGAUGGCAUGGUAAUUAGCUCUCCUCCACAACAAGCAUCGGACGUUGGCGACCGAGAAACCACCCCCCGGCCAAGCACCAGGCCGGCUGCAGAGUCUUCUCCCGUGCGAUAUGAUCCCAGUUCAAGCCCGGGACGCACUUCAGGUCGCAUUCAGUCCGAUGUCCCAAGCAGUAGCAGCGGUCUUUUUGUCCGUCAAGACAGACAACCUCGAAUUUCCUCUCGACGGGGCGACAUUCAUUCGGACACAUUCGCGUCCUCUCCUGCCAAUCGUCGACGUAUUUAUGUUGGUGAAGAUGGCAUGCCAGUUCGAGAUGGUCAAGAUCCACCAUCUGAAGCCACCUUCUCAAACCUCAACCCCGAUACCUCGGAAGCAGAUGCGAUGGGAGGAGAUUCCACAAGAGUCAUCUGGGGCACAAAUAUCUCCAUUGUGGAUUCCAUGUCCUCCUUCAAGAAUUUCCUCUACAACUACGCCAAAAAGUAUCGAAUGUGGGCUGAUGGGGCAUCCGAGGAGGAAACCAGAGAACUUGGAGCCGAUGCGGAUCAGAAAGAAUACCUAGAAAUGCUUCAGGACAUGCGCAAACUAGGUGUCUAUGGUCUCAAUCUGGAUGCCCGCAAUCUCAAAGCAUACCCUGCAACAUUAAAAUUAUGGCACCAAUUGCAAGCCUAUCCUCAAGAAAUCAUCCCAUUGAUGGAUCAGUGCGUCAAAGAUGUCAUGGUCGAACUUGCGCAGAAAGAAAUGCAGGAGCUUCAGAGAGCUCGCAACGGUGCGACAACUUCACGCGCCAGGAACGGCAGCUCAAUGCCUCCAUUGACCCCAUCAGAUAUGGGCAGUGCAGCGACGCCCGCUGCAACCCCUGCUGCAGAUGAGAUCCCAGACCUCGUGGAAGAAGCAGAGAUCCGACCCUGGAAAGUUCUUCCAUUUGGUCUAGAUAAGACCGUCAACAUGCGAGAUUUAGACCCGGCAGAUAUCGACAAGCUGAUCUCUAUCAAAGGUCUCGUCAUUCGAGCAACUCCAGUGAUUCCAGACAUGAAAGAAGCGUUCUUCAAAUGCACAGUCUGUAAUCACACUAUGUAUGUGUCGAUUGAUCGAGGCAAGAUUGCAGAACCAACACAAUGCCCUCGCCCCGCUUGCAAGUCUCGAGACAGCAUGGAAAUCGUGCACAAUCGAUGUGUCUUCGCAGAUAAGCAAGUCAUCAAACUCCAAGAGACACCGGACUCUGUCCCGGACGGCCAGACCCCUCACAGCGUAUCUCUUUGCGUCUAUGACGAACUGGUUGAUGUGUGCAAGGCUGGUGAUCGAAUCGAAGUCACUGGGAUCUUCCGCGGCAACCCCGUCCGUGUGAAUCCAAGACAACGCACAGUCAAAGCUCUGUUCAAAACAUAUGUCGACGUCCUGCACGUUCAGAAAGUCGACAAGCGCAAACUCGGGAUUGACGCAUCCACCAUCGAGCAAGAGCUCUCCGAGCAAGUCGCGGGAGAUGCUGAGCAAACCCGUAAGAUCACUGCAGAAGAAGAAGCCAGGAUACAUGAGAUAGCGGCUCGAGAUGAUGUCUACGACAUUCUUUCGCGAAGUCUAGCCCCUAGUAUCUAUGAGCUUGACGAUGUCAAGAAGGGUAUCCUUCUCCAACUCUUCGGUGGCACAAACAAGUCAUUUGAGAAGGGUGGCUCUCCUAAGUAUAGAGGCGACAUUAACGUCCUUCUCUGUGGUGACCCGUCUACCUCGAAGUCUCAACUCCUACAGUACGUCCACAAGAUCGCACCUAGAGGUGUAUACACUUCCGGCAAAGGUUCUUCGGCAGUCGGUCUAACGGCGUAUGUGACGCGCGACCCGGAAUCGCGACAACUCGUCCUCGAGUCCGGUGCGCUCGUGCUCUCCGAUGGCGGCGUCUGCUGCAUUGACGAGUUCGACAAGAUGAACGAGUCGACGCGUUCGGUCCUGCACGAAGUCAUGGAACAACAAACCGUGUCCAUCGCCAAGGCAGGUAUCAUCACCACUCUCAACGCCAGAACGAGCAUUCUGGCUUCUGCAAACCCGAUCGGGAGUAAAUACAACCCCAACCUACCUGUGCCGCAAAACAUCGACCUUCCACCGACACUGCUCUCGAGAUUCGAUCUCGUGUAUCUCGUGUUGGAUCGGAUUGAUGAGACCAAUGAUCGCCGCCUCGCAAAGCAUCUGGUCGGCAUGUACCUGGAAGACACGCCUGAGAAUGCAUCACGAGAAGAAAUUCUGCCUGUCGAAUUCCUCACGGCAUACAUCUCGUACGCAAGACAGAACAUUCACCCUACGCUCACACCCGCUGCCUCCAAGGCCCUUGUCGACGCGUAUAUCCAGAUGCGCUCACUCGGGAGCUCGAUCCAAGCCUCAGACCGACGGAUCACCGCCACGACGCGACAACUCGAAAGCAUGAUCCGGCUCAGCGAGGCGCAUGCGAAGAUGCGGCUCUCCCAGACCGUCACGGAAGCCGACGUCGCAGAGGCCGUGAGACUGAUCAAGUCCGCCAUCAAAGCCAGCGCGACCGACUCCAGGACCGGCCUGAUCGACAUGGGCUUGCUUUCCGAAGGGGGCAGCGCCAGUGACAGGCGCAGGAAGGAGGAUUUGAAACGCGCCGUGCUGAUCGCCAUCGACGACGAUUCUGGCGUCAGAAGCGGCGGCGUGGCCAGGUACAGUGAUCUGUACCGCAAAGUCAGCGAGGGCAGCACCGCCGAGAUCGAGGGGUCCGAGUUCCAAGAGGUCCUAAGGUCCCUGGAACAAGAAGGGAAGAUCCAGGUUACAGGCGAAGGUGGCCGGAGAAGUAUCAGGAGGAUCACUGGGAUCUGA